UUGCUUUUCUCUUUAUCGUUUUAUGAUUUUCAAACAGUGGUAUACUACUGUUGCCUUUAUUUAUAUCAUUGCAUGUGGUAGGUAUAUACUCUGGUAGUGGAUUGGAAGGUGACCUAAUGGAUAAAAUACCAAACCGUGAUCCCGUAGAACCUGACUAUCCAGACUAUCAGAUGUCGCUAUACACAGUAGCACAAGACGAGGGAUUUUUAGAUUAUGGACUUGAUGUGAAUAUCAAACCUGAGGUGACCAAGUUGUUUAAAACAAGAGCCAAAAGUAACGAAUUUACGAAUACACUAAUUGGACUGCAUCCAAAGAGUAAAGGAACAAUUAGACUUCAAAGUACUGACCCGUUUGACCCACCAUUGAUAGAUCCACAUUACCUAGAAAAUCCAUAUGAUAUAAAGGUGAUGAUUGCAGCAAUACGUAAAACUCAACAACUGAUGAAUACAAAGGUUUUCAAACAACUGGGUGGCAAAUUAGUCAGACGAGAUUUUCCUGGAAUUUGUGACAAAGUUAAAUUUGAUACUGAUGCAUAUUGGGAAUGUUUAAUCCGUUAUUUUACGGUCACUAUUUAUCAUCCAGUAUCAACAUGUCGUAUGGGGACAGUAACAGACCCUUCAGCAGUUGUUGAUCCUGAAUUAAGGGUUAAAGGCAUAUUGAAUUUACGCGUAGCAGAUGCAUCUGUCAUGCGCAAUGAACCAUCAGGAAAUACAAAUGCACCAUGUAUUAUGAUUGGAGAAAAAGCUGCAGAUUUAAUUCUAGGGAAAGAUACCGUUGUCGAUUUCCGAAAACAAAUUGCUAAAUUAAAAUUAUAACAAUCAACUGGUUAAAUUGUAGAUAGCUAAAUUAUAUUUAACUUUUAAUACAAACAAUUUAUAUGACUUA